AUGGAGUACCGCUACUCGGAUCCUGUUAAUUUUGAUCCAUCGAGUCCCUGGGUCUGCGAUCUGAUCGGCAAGUUGCCGGUACGAGCACAUCGCGACAAUGAACUUGCGGAUCGUGGAUGCCUUCGAGCGCAAAGAGACUGGAAGCAGCUUUUCGGCGACUUUCCUCCGGGCUUCACUGGCGGCGGAAUGGGUCUCAAGUUCAACAGUGUGGCGCUUUGUGUUCCAGAGGCAUUGCCGGAUCGGAUUGAACAUGUUGCGUACUUUUUCGAACUCUUCAACUUGGUUGAUGACGCCAUCGACCAUGCCGAGUCCCCUGUGCAAGUAAUAGCCCCAUUUGCAGCUGAUGCUUGGAGAACCCUGGAAUGCAUCAAGUCGAACAAAGACUUGGUUAGAAAUGGACAGGAACAUGGCCUUACCUUCGAAGAGAUCCUCUGCAACUUUGUGAGAGCAGUGAUCGACCUCGACCCCGAUGGCGCGGAGAUGAUAUUGCGCGAGAUAGAGAACUGGAUGCUAGCUUUGAUGAAAGACAAAACUCGCUCUGAAGCUCCUGAUUUGGACGAAUACCUUGACUCUCGAAUCAUUGAUGGUGGUUUGCUACCCCUUUGGCUCCAUAUGGUCUUGGUGAACGACCUCUUUUCGUGGGAAAAGGAGUAUGGUGGGACUCAAAAAUCAGGGGCGACUCAAGGUCCCAUGAAUGCAAUUCGUGUUCUGAUGGAGAAACAUGGAAUGACCCUUGACCAAGCAAAAUCAACAUGCAUCGAGAGAGCCAAGGAGCUUCGUGACGAGUAUCUCAAGAUUGCGGAGGAUAAGAAUUCAAGACCUGAUAUCAGCAAGGACGGACUGAGGCUUCUAGACAACCUUCGUCUUUUUGCUGGCGGGCAUGUGUUUUGGUCCGCAGAGUGCCCCCGUUUCCGCCCAGAGCAAGAACAAGAUUGGAAACUCAAAACGAUGGAGAGGAACCAGACGAGAGAUACAACAGACCCGCUGACAAGUGAUGAAAUGGCCAAGCCAAUCGACACCCGGCAAACAGUGGUGGAGGACAAGAGGAGAGCCGAUGCUCCGUCCGAUUAUCUCGACUCCCUUCCAUCGAAGGGCAUCCGAGAUACGGCUAUUGACUCCUUGAACUUCUGGUUUGAGAUUCCGAUAGAGCAAGUCACUAGAGUAAAAAAGAUCGUUAACUUACUCCAUGGUGCAUCCUUAUUGAUGGACGACAUCCAAGACUCCUCAGUUUUGAGACGUGGCCAACCCGCUGUCCACUUGGUGUUUGGGCAAGGUUUGGCCAUCAAUGCAGCUGGAUACCGUUUCUUGGAAGCGCUGAGAGAGGUGAGGCGUCUGGAGAACGAGAAAUGUCUAGAUGUAUUCUGUGAUGAACUUCAUGACUUGUAUGUCGGCCAAAGCAAUGAUCUGUCAUGGACAAGGAUGAUGAAGUGUCCUUCAGAAGCCGAGUACCUUGCCAUGGUAGACGGAACUGGGCUGUUUCGCAUGCUGGCAAGAAUGCUUGAUGCCCUGUCAAACUCUCCUCGAAAGCCAGAUGUCAAGGUCUUGAUUCGGUUCAUGUCACUUUUGGGGCGUCUCUUCCAGAUUCGCGAUGACUACAUGAAUUUAACCUCAUCAGACUACACCAAGCAGAAGGGGUUCUGUGAAGACCUGGAUGAGGGCAAGUUUUCCCUUCCAUUGAUCCAUGCCCUAGGACGGUGCCGAGAAAAGCCUGACGGAACAAUGCGCACAAAUUUGAUCUGCAACUUGUUGUCUCAGCGGCAUUCGGAUGGUCGUCUGUCGAAAGAGCAAAAGAAUUUGAUCCUAGAGCAGAUGAGAGCGGGAGGAAGCCUCGAGUAUACGCGCAGGGCAUUGCAUGCUCUGCAAAUGGAGCUCAAAAUACUGGGGAAGAGGAUGGGUCUAUUUGAGAAUCGGCAGUUGGGAGCUCUGUUGGACAAGUUGAAAGUGUGA